GCCAGAGGUGAGCGCCGCCGCCGGGCCGGAGGCUGCCUUGCAACAGAGCAAAAUGAGACAGAAAAAUGGCGGACGUUAGGAAAAUCUGUCUUGAAUAUUUGCCCUGUCGUGUCAACUAUUCGCGAAAAACAUCAUUUCAGGGAAAGCUUUUCAUCCUUCUUUGCAUCCUUAUAGUGGACUCCGGAGGAGCUACGACCCAUUGGGUUGUCACAGAGGAUGGAAAAAUUCAACAACAAGUUGACUCACCUCUGAAUCUAAAGCAUCCACACGACGUUGUGAUCUUCAUGAGGCAAGAGACUCGUGUUAACUACCUGAAGAAGCUGGAGAAGCAGCUUGUGGCACAGAAGAUUCACAUUGAGGAGAACGAGGACAGAGACACAGGGCUAGAGCAGAGACACUAUAAAGAGGAUGCAGACUGUGUCAUGGCUAAGGUACCCUUGGGAGACCUGGACCUAUAUGAUGGCACUUAUAUUUCCUUGGAAAGCAAAGACAUCAGCCCUGAAGAAUAUGUGGAUUCCCGGUCAGCUCUGCCCCCAGAUCUAGAAAAGCCUGACUGUGCAAAAGUGUUUGAACUGCCUUAUAGUAUCCAUGCUUUUCAACAUCUCAGGGGUGUGCAGGAGAGGGCAAACUUGACCUCCCCACUGCUUUCUAAGGAGGAUCACAUUUUUAGUUCAUUGUCUCAUAAGCUGGGCCGCAAUGUUGAUGAGGUGGGCCAUCGCAUCCAUGAAGGGUUACUGAGGAAUUCAUCGUCUUGGGUGCUGUACAACAUGGCAUCGUUUUACUGGCGGAUGAAGAACGAGCCUCAGAGGGCAGUGGACUGUGUAGUACGUGCUCUGCAUUUUUCCCCCAGGCAGCACAAGGAUGUAGCCCUGGUCAACAUGGCCAACAUCCUGCACCGUGCCCAUUUCUCAGCCGAUGCCGCUAUUCUUGCCCACGCUGCCCUGGACCUAACGUCCGAUCUGUUCACCAGCCACUACACCUUAGGCAAUAUUUAUGCUAUGCUUGGGGAGUACAACCACUCAGUGCUGUGUUACGAGCAGGCACUGCAGGCCCAGCCAGGCUUUGAACAGGCCCUGAGGAGGAAACAUGCCGUGCUCUGUCAGCAAAAGCUGGAGCAGCGCCUGGAAGCCCAGCACAGAUCCCUGCAGCGGACACUGAAUGAACUGAAGGAGUACCAGAAGCAGCAUGACCACUACCUUCGCCAGCAGGAGGCACUGGACAAACACAAGCUGGUGCAGGAAGAGCAGAUCCUGCACAAUAUUAUCCAUGAGACCCAGAUGGCUAAGGAAGCCCAAUUUGGCAACCAUCAGAUGUGUCGGCUGGGUCAGCAGCAGCGCAGCCUCUACUGCCCCUUUGACCUGCCUGUGCGCUAUCACCGUGGUGACCUGUUUGAGCAUGUCCAUUAUGUCCAAUUUGGGGAGGAGGUGUCCGUGGCAUCCAGUGUGGCACUUGUGUCAGAGCGCAACUCAAACCAGACGGCAGCCAACCCCCAUCUUCAUCCCUCUGUGUCCGGAGACCAUGACCCGGCUGCGGCCCUCUGGAGCAGCCAUCAGGAUUACACACAGGACAUACAGGAAAUGUUGUGGCCUCAGAGGACAAACUGUGUCCAUGAGUACCCAAGUGUUCCCCCUGCUCACCUGCUGCCAACCUACUACCUUCCACCUGAAACACAAGGCCUCAGCCCAGUGGCAACUCUGCUCUAUGGGAGCAGCAGUCCUCCUCUGACAGUAGCUCUGCCAAACUGUGGUCCCGUCCCCCAACCAUAUCCAGCCCUCCUGCCUGACUCACUAGACUGGCCUCUUGAAGAAAAGAUGCUGCCAGAUCCCUCUGCCUCCCAGAUACUGCAGUUACGGAGUGGAGGAUGGACGCUGGAACAGAUUGGCUCCAGAAUAGCUCAAGCUAUGAAACAAGCCACUGUACCCCGCUGGCAGCUCCAGAAUGAGGCAGCUCUAUUCUGGCGUGCCAAAGGCAAUGGCAGCCGUGCCCUGCAGUGCCUGCGCCAAGUUAUGAGCUCAGCCCCAUCUUCCCACCGCCACUUGUCCCUCACCAACGCUGCUAACCUGCUGCUACAUCACGGCUUGACCACCCACGCACAAACACUGCUGGAGCAAGCAUUGGCUCUCAAUGCAUCAGAGCCCCACACCCUGCUCAGCCUGGUGAGCGUGCAGUUGGCCCAGGGCAAUGUGACGGGUGCUCUGGCCCUGUUCCGUCACAUCCUGGUGACGGCCCUUUCCUCCUCCUCUUCCUUCUCAUCCUUUGCCGGCUGUGAACAGUGUCGCACCAGCCUACCUCUGCUGCGUUGUCUGCAGUUCUACCCCUUCCUUUACAAUCUUUCCCACCGACAGCCCUGUCCACAGGGUGCUGCCUGCGUGACUGAGAAGGACCUUGGUAUACAGCUAGAGGAAUGGGAGGGCAUCGAAGAAAAGCAGGAUGUACCAGACAUUUCUGCCAUGGAGGACUCCUUGCUCUUUGAAAAGGUUAUCUUGGACAGCAAUGGGUCAGGUGAGGCAGCUGGACAGCAGCGGGCCUCUGCCUCAGGAUCAGCUAAGAUGGCCACUCCCUUUGGUGGUGGAGGAGUGGAAGAGGAAUGGCAGCUGAAAGAGGACCUGAUGGGAGCCUUUGAGGGAGCACUGGAUGUCGGAGGCAAACGAGGGGACCUGCGAGGUAUCCGGGUGCUAAAGAAUGACCGUGUCAUGGGGGCCCGUGCCGGUGGUGGGCCCUGCUUCGGAAACUGUGAGGAUGACGAGGGAGCUGAGUGGAUCACCUUCCAGGUGAAGCGGGUCAGGAAGGCUAAGGUGGAUGACAUAGAGAGUGUUGCCAGCUCUGAUGAUGGCCAGAAUGGGGAGUCACUGCCUGUAGGACACUCUGUCUUGGAGAUAAGUGGGCCAACUAUCCCAUCGCCUGGCCCUUCAGGCCGCUGGAGGGACUACACAAGUCUUGGCUGGCCAGGCCCAGAGGAGUGCCAGCGGACACGAAGGGUAGACCUUACCACUGUAGCUAGCACCUGGUUGGCUGUUUCUGCCAAGAACAUUGACAUUACAGAACACAUAGACUUUGCCACUCCACUUCAAGAGCCAGCUGCUGAACCUUUAUGCAACGCCAACCUAGCUGCCAGUAUGCACACCCUCGACCACCUGGCAGGGGUGGCCAAUCGGGCCGCCAUCCACUACACUGGAGAGAGCCAACUGCGCGAGGUCCUGCAGAAUCUCUGUAAGGAUAAGUUCUCCCCUCAGUCCUUUGAGCAAGUGGGAACUCGCAUCGCUAAAGUCCUGGAGAAGAACCAGACAUCAUGGGUAUUAUCCAGCAUGGCCGCUCUGUACUGGAGGGUGAAAGGUCAAGGCAAGAGAGCCAUCGACUGCCUGCGACAGGCCCUCAACUACGCCCCCCAUCACAUGAAGGACGUGCCCCUUAUCAGCCUGGCCAACAUCUUCCAGAACGCUCGGCUAUGGGAGGACGCUCUUACAGUCGCCCGUAUGGCAGUAGAAAUUGCCCCGCACUUUGUCGUGAACCACUUUACCCUCGCCAACGUCUACAUAGCAAUGGAGGAGUUUGAGAAAGCCAUGCGCUGGUACGAGUCCACUUUGAAGCUGCAGCCAGAGUUUGCCCCCGCCAAAGAUCGGCUAAGGACCAUUCAGUGUUACCUGCUCAACAAGAGGGAACGCCGCCAGCCCUAAACCACUCACAGGAUCACAGGAGUACCCCACAAUCCUGCACACACUAGAUAACCAACACACACUCAUCUGAAGACCACAGAUAAGUAGCACACAAUAAAAGUGUGGUUUUAUGUGGUUAAAGGUGAGGUGUCAAGAUUUAUAUCCAGUAGAAUCUGGGCUCCCCCGAAGAAUUAGGUUUGAAGUACAACUGUAGAUAACUUUGCCCCACUACUUACAGUAUUUCAAACGCAGGACCUCAUGUUAUCAAACAAUCAGGAAGUUGUGCUCGUCAGACUCCGCAUUUAGUGGGAUACAAUUGAACAAGGUUUGAAAAUUCCAGUGAAUUCUUCUGCGUUAUUUUUAUUUCAACCGCUGCUAAUUGGAAGAAAACUCACAUUGUCAUUCGUUAAGACAUUUUAGCAUUUUGGUAUGAGGAGGCAGCAUCUGGGGGGUUCUCCAGGAUAAUAACAUACUAAAGCCUGGAGAGGGCGCCAUAUUUAAUGUAACCUGAUUGGACAUUUUAAAUGGAAAGGAUGUUGUACAGUCUUUUGCUGAGAUGGAAAGGAAGGUGCCUCUCAACUCAGAGGUUAAAGGAGUUUGAAUUUAAUAUUAUAUGCCCCCAAUAUUUCUGCUUCAUAAAAUGGAUGGGAAUUCUCAGUUUAUGCACUUUUUUUCUUUAUCAUUCCUAUUUAUAUGGGACCUACAAACUUUGAUUUUGCUCCAAGGUAAUUUAAAUACAAAAGAGAAAAAUACGCUAUAGCAUUUGCUUCUUAACUUAUGGAAAGCAUAAGGCAAAAAAAGGAUUUGCCCAUUGACCAUCUAUAA